AUGUCCAUAACCUGGCCACAAUACCUCUCCUCCCUCCUCAACCCCAACUCUCCCAAAGUCGGCACCAUCGACUUCUCCCAACCCACCCUCACCACCGCACUCCGAGUAUCGUACGCACUUCCUCACCAAACUCUUCCGCGGCAAUGCUACUACGGCUGCUACUUCCUGGCGCUGACCAUCUUCUCCCUUGGGAUCUUGAGAGACCAUCUCUUCAAUGUCGCGUUGGACAAUCAGCCGGUGUACCCGCCCGUGCAACUCCCGUUACUGGGAGCGGUGAGUUUUGCGGCGGGCCAGGUGUUGGUCUUGACCAGCAUGUGGCGGCUUGGGGUUACGGGGACGUAUUUGGGCGACUAUUUUGGGAUCUUGAUGGAGGAUAUGGUGCAGGGGUUCCCGUUUGUGUGGUGGACGGGUGGGAGUCCGAUGUAUGUGGGGAGUACGUUGUGCUUCUUGGGGAUCAGUCUGUGGAAGGGGAGGCUGGCGGGAGUGGCGUUGAGUGGUGUUGUGGCGGCCAUGUAUGUCGUCGCGUUGAGGUUUGAGGACCCGUUCACCGCCGAGAUCUACGCCCAGAAGGCCGCGAAGGAGGCUAAGCAGGAGAAGGGCAAAUCGACAGCCAUCGAGGGAAGCACGAGGGAGCUGCGGUCUAGGAAGAAGGCCUGA